UAUUCAAUGCCAGUCAGAGCUCGUGUCGCAGCUGGCCGGAUGACAACGACGUAACAUUAUGGCGGACAACGAUAAGAAGCCGAUGUCACGUUUAAUGAAACUCGCGAAUAAAUUUAACUGCUUCUACCUGUCAGGUUUGCAUGCAGGAGAAUGCAGAGCUUUUGUUGUCGAUGGACAGCAAAUCGGUCUUGUACGUCCAGAUGUAAUGAAAGAAAUAUUAAAUCAUCCUCAAGUAUUUCAAGUGCAUCCUGAAUAUGUACAAUUAAAUCCAGCAUUUCGUGAUUAUGCUGAAAGAAGCGCACGUGUUGAUGAAGUAUUAAGAGAAUGGAAAGCGGGUGGAAAAUUUGUGACAUUACAAGGCUGGAGAGAGGAAUGUCAUGAAGUGCGUGCUCAGUUUAAUACAUUACCACUGUUUAAAAUGGAUCGCUCGGCUACAUGUUUAUUUGGAAUUCGAAAAUAUGGAGUAGAUAUAAAUGGCUAUGUUAUGGAUCCUGUUAAAGGCUUAUCAAUAUGGUUACAAAAACGUAGUCCUAAUAAACAAACAUGGCCAGCAUAUUGGGAUAGCAUGGUGAGUGGAGGAUUGAGUGUUGGUUAUGGCAUAAAUGAAACUGCGAUAAAAGAGGCUGGAGAAGAAGCUGGUAUUCCAAAUAAUCUUAUUGCCAAGCUUAAGAGCGCUGGUUGUGUGUCAUUCUUCUUCGAAAGUGAAAGGGGUUUGUUUCCUAACACGGAAUUUGUAUAUGAUCUUGAGCUGCCACCCGAUUUUGUACCAAAUAAUAGCGAUGGAGAAGUAGAGACUUUCGAAUUACUUCCUGUUGGUGAAUGCUUAGAGAGGAUACUUUCCCCACAUUUCAAAACUACGUCUGUACCAGUUGCCCUUGACUUUUUAAUUAGACAUGGAUACAUCACAGCGGAGAAUGAGCCUAACUUUAUACAGAUUGUGGAGUUACUUCAUGUACCUCUGCAGACUAUGUACAAUCAUCGACACAAAACUAGUAAUAGAAUGGCCAAUGGUGAAGCAAUUGAAGCUUUAGAAAAAAUUUAAAUUACUUUUAAUUUAUACUACACUAUGAAUUGAAAGGCUAUGAAUUGAAUGAAAUUAAUAAGGUUAUUCUUUUUCUUUGUUUCUUC